AUGUCUAUUCCGAUCACUUCAGCCGCUGAAGCCGGAACUCCACUGUUAAACAACGACGUUGUUCAUGGCUCCGUCGACUUCAAAGGUCGCCCGGUUAUCCGAUCAGGAUCUGGAGGUUGGAAGUCAGCGUUCUUCAUCAUAGGUGUUGAAAUGGCUGAGAGAAGUGCGUACUAUGGAAUACUUUCAAAUUUGAUAAGCUAUUUGACGGGUCCAUUAGGCCUAUCCACCGCAACAGCAGCGGCAAAUGUGAAUGUGUGGACUGGAACGGCCAUGCUUACACCGCUUUUGGGUGCUUUCUUGGCCGACUCUUUUCUCGGUCGAUAUCGAACCAUUAUUAUUGCCACCGGGCUCUAUAUCCUGGCACUUGGCGUUAUGUCCAUAUCUGCUGCUGCUUAUUCAUUCAAAUCUUCCGACUGCCAAAUUACUGCAGAAAAUCUCAAGGCAUGCUCUCCGCCACAGUUUCAAGUUAUUUGCUUCUUCUUCUCAUUGUAUAUAUUUGCACUAGCACAAGGUGGGCAUAAACCUUGUCUUCAGGCUUUUGGAGCUGAUCAGUUUGAUGAGCAAGACCCAAAAGAGUGUGAAGACAAAAGCUCCUUCUUCAAUUGGUGGUGUUGUUUCAUGAAUACUAGUGUUAUAGUGGCUCUCUAUGUUUUGAACUACAUUCAAGACAACCUAAGUUGGAGUCUUGGCUUUGGAAUCCCGUGCAUUGUCAUGUGCCUCGCCCUAAUUAUAUUUUUGCUUGGAACUAUGACCUACCGAUUUCGCUCACAGAGCGAAGAAAUAAGCCCAUUUGUGAGAAUCGGUCGAGUAUUCCUAAAUGCAGCCAGAAACUGGCGGGCUACCCCGGCAGAAAUAUCCAAGGAAGAGGAUGCUCAAGGUAUUCUGCCUUAUCAAGGCUCUCAACAGUUCAAGUUUCUUCAUAAAGCAUUGCUUGUACCUGAUGGUUGGGAGGAAGAAGGGAAAGUUUGUAGUAUCAGUGAGAUUGAAGAGGCAAAGGCGGUUCUCAGGCUUGUUCCAAUAUGGACUACUUGUUUGGGAUAUGCUAUUAUAUAUUCACAAUCCUCGACUUUAUUCACCAAGCAGGGAGUUACAAUGGAUCGUCAUAUCACGUCUAGCCUACAAAUACCAGCUGCUUCUUUUCAAUCUUUUGUCAGUGUUGGCGUUGUUGUCUUUAUUCCAAUCUAUGACCGUAUUGUGGUUCCAAUUGCAAGAUCCAUAACUGGGAAACCAACCGGCAUAACAAUGCUUCAACGAAUUGGAACUGGAAUACUUUUAUCUUUUCUUUCCAUGGUAAUUGCUGCUUUGGUCGAGAGGAAACGUCUAGAAACUGCUGUUGAAUAUGGAUUGGUGGACAUGCCUAAAGCAACAGUGCCAAUGAGCGUGUGGUGGCUGCUACCACAGUACUUGCUUUUCGGGAUUGCCGAUGUAUUUACCUUGAUUGGGCUUCAAGAAUUCUUCUAUGACCAGGUUCCUAAAGAAUUGAAAAGCAUUGGUCUUGCUCUAUACCUUAGUAUAUUUGGCAUAGGAAGUUUCUUGAGCAGCUUUCUUAUCUCUGCGGUGGAGAAAGUCACUAGUGGCUCGGGUCAAGAUGGUUGGUUUUCAGACAAUCUUAAUCGGGCUCAUCUUGACUACUUCUAUUGGCUACUUGCCGGUCUUAGUACUGCUGCAUUCGCUGCCUACUUAUACUAUGCAAAAUCUUAUAUAUACAAUCGAAGAAAGAGCCUUUGA